AUGUCGUGAGCACCUCCCACCCCACACGUUCCAAUUCCCAGACCGAUCCACUAAGCCCCUCUUCACCCCCCCUUCGCCCGUCCCCAGCUGGACCUCAACAUCACGUGGCGGUGCAGCAGCCGCAGGAGGUGGUGCAUACAGUCAUUUAGGUGGAUCAAGCAAAACAGCCGCAUCGGAUGCCCAAGAGACGGAUCUCGAGGCGCAGAACGAUAGUCAUUUGCAUGAGUUGCAUAGCAAGAUCUCGGCGAUCAGGGGGGUGAGGGCUGGGAAGGAGGAGCGACAGGACGUGGUGGGCAGUGCCUGGGGCUUGCGGAGCUGAUGGCUUUCUUCGUGUGGAGCUUUUAGGUGACGAAUGAUAUCUAUCGCGAUUCACAACAACAAAACACAUUACUGGACAGCACCGUAAGCCACUCUUGGACUUGACACUCCCUCGCUUCUCUUCCUUUCCCCCCUUCCUCCCCAAAACUGACCACGGUCCCCUUCAUCAAUACCCCUGCAGAACAACUCCUUCGACCAAUUCAAAGUCUCUCUCUCCAACACGACAGGCCGAUUCGCCCGGUCGGUCCAAUCGGGGAAAGGGAACGGGAGGAUCCAACUGGGUAUCAUUUGUGGUUUCGUCAUGCUAUUCGUGCUGUGGAAGUUUUCGGGUUCGAGAGCGGAUAAAGUGACGAUACCACCACCUACGACGGGGACUUUGAUGCGGUUUUGA